AUGGCCGGAAAACCUGUAGCACAAGAAAUCAAUCAUCUUGAGAAAUUGAAUGGGUCAAAUUAUGAUACAUGGAACAUGAAUAUCAAUCAUAUACUGAUAUAUGAGAAGUUGGACCGUGUUCUAGAAUCGAAACCUGUGGUUGGGGAUAAUUCCACCAUUGUAGAGAUUAAAGCUGCGGAAAAAUGGUCUGAAGAUGACAAGAGAGCCCGUAGCAUGAUCCUCUUGAAGAUGGAAGAUCAUGUGAUGAAGGUGUUUAACAAACACAAGUCGACCAAAGCAGUGUUGGAAGCUGUGAAGGCCAAAUAUGAUGUGAAAACUGAAACUCACACUCAGCUAUUGACUCAGAGAUACAAUAGUUGUAGAAUGGGUGAAGGUGAGGAUGUUGUGAAUCACAUCAACAAGAUGCUCGUAAUGGCUCAAGAGUUGGAUGAUGCGGGAUCGAAUGUGUCAAAUAACUAUCAAGUAUCCACGAUCAUCAACAGUUUGCCCCCUUCUUGGGCGAUGGCUCAAACUGCACUAAGAUUCCUGGGGGAAAAUCUCACUCUUGAGCAGCUUCCCCAAUAA